CGCACAGUGUGGCACGUUGUGUUGAUGUUCUGAAGCGUGCGUAGAAUCCUUCGGGGAUUCAUUUUCCAAACAAAUUAAUACUUCGGAAGAAACAAAGACUCAAAUUUAGUGUUUAAUCCGUGUGACUUUUGCCUUUAAAUGACGAAUAAAGAGGGUGUGGUCGAUGCCGGUAGUGGCAAUGAAGUUCAGACGAAAAUCAUAGCUGAGAGCGACAGUAAUGCGAGUUUUCUGAGAGCCGCUCGAGCCGGAAACCUUGAAAAGGUUCGAGAGUAUUUGAAAGGGAGCAUCGACAUCAACACCAGCAACGCUAAUGGGCUGAAUGCACUGCAUCUAGCUUCCAAAGAAGGCCAUGUACCUGUAGUUUUAGAAUUAGUCAAAAAUGGUGCAAAUGUCAAUGCUGCUACAAAGAAAGGAAAUACUGCUCUUCACAUAGCUUCCCUUGCUGGCCAGGAGGAAGUAGUAAAGAUUUUGAUUCGCAGUGGAGCAAAUGCCAAUGUUCAAUCCCAAAAUGGCUUCACACCUCUUUACAUGGCAGCACAAGAGAAUCAUGAUGGAGUGGUCAAAUUCUUGUUGGCAAAUUCAGCCAAUCAAAGUUUAGCAACUGAAGAUGGUUUUACGCCUCUAGCUGUGGCAUUGCAACAAGGUCAUGAUAAAGUUGUAGCUGUUCUUCUAGAAAAUGAUGCAAAAGGUCGUGUUCGAUUACCAGCACUUCACAUUGCUGCUAAAAAAGAUGACACGAAAGCUGCUGCAUUACUUCUUCAGAAUGAUCACGACCCUGAUGUUACUUCAAAAAGUGGUUUUACCCCUCUACAUAUUGCAGCGCAUUAUGGUAAUGAAAACAUUGCUUCUCUUCUUCUUGAUAAAAAUGCUGAUGUUAACUAUUCUGCCAAGCAUCAAAUUACUCCCUUGCAUGUUGCUGCCAAGUGGGGAAAAUCAAACAUGGUUACAUUACUUGUUGAUAAAGGAGCUAAAAUCGAUGCCUCAACAAGGGAUGGGCUAACACCCUUACAUUGUGCUGCCCGAAGUGGCCAUGAUCAGGUAGUAGACUUGCUACUAGAAAAAGGAGCACCAAUUACGGCAAAAACAAAGAAUGGUCUUGCUCCAUUGCAUAUGGCAUCUCAAGGUGAUCAUGUGGACAGUGCAAGAAUCCUUCUAUUCCAUAAAGCUCCAGUAGAUGACGUGACUGUUGAUUAUUUGACAGCUCUUCAUGUUGCUGCCCAUUGUGGCCAUGUACGGGUAGCCAAACUUCUCUUGGAUCGCAAAGCUGACCCUAAUUCUCGAGCAUUAAAUGGCUUCACACCCCUUCAUAUUGCUUGCAAGAAGAACAGAAUCAAAGUGGUGGAAUUGCUUCUAAAGCAUGGGGCUUCUAUUGAAGCUACAACUGAAUCUGGCCUAACUCCUCUUCAUGUAGCAUCUUUCAUGGGCUGUAUGAAUAUUGUAAUUUAUUUAAUUCAACAUGGUGCAAAUCCUGAUGUUCCCACAGUACGAGGUGAAACUCCAUUGCAUUUGGCUGCUCGAGCUAACCAGUCUGAUAUCAUUCGAAUUCUUCUUCGUAAUGGAGCUCAUGUGGAUGCUUCUGCUAGGGAACAACAGACUCCACUUCAUAUCGCAGCUCGACUAGGAAAUGUAGACAUUGUAGGUCUAUUACUGCAACAUGGUGCUGCUGUAGAUGCCACUACUAAAGAUAUGUAUACUGCCCUACACAUAGCUGCAAAAGAAGGACAAGAAGAAGUAGCUUCUGUACUUCUGGAUCAUGGCGCUUCACUAACAGCUACGACUAAGAAAGGAUUUACUCCUCUACAUUUGGCAGCAAAGUAUGGCAACAUUAAAGUUGCUCAACUUUUACUUCAAAAAGAUGCACCUGUAGAUGCACAAGGAAAGAAUGGAGUUACGCCUUUACAUGUGGCAGCUCAUUAUGAUCACGUUAAUGUUGCUUUAUUGCUUUUGGACAAAGGUGCUUUCCCCCACGCAACUGCGAAAAAUGGAUAUACACCAUUACACAUUGCAGCUAAAAAGAAUCAGAUGGACAUUGCAACGACACUUUUAGAAUAUGGUGCAAAACCUACUGCUGAAUCCAAAGCUGGAUUUACUCCAUUGCACCUUGCAGCUCAAGAAGGCCAUACAGAUAUGACUACAUUACUAAUUGAACACCAUGCAGACGUUAAUUCACCUGCAAAAAAUGGAUUAACCCCACUUCAUUUAUGUGCACAAGAAGACAAAGUAAAUGUUGGAGCAAUUUUAGUAAAGAAUGGAGCAAAGGUUGAUCCCCCAACUAAAGCUGGAUAUACCCCGCUACACGUAGCAUGUCAUUUUGGACAAAUUAAUAUGAUUCGAUUUUUGCUACAGCACAAAGCAGAUGUCAAUGCCACUACAUCUCAUGGUUAUACACCUUUGCAUCAAGCAGCACAACAAGGACAUACACUUAUUAUUAAUCUCCUAUUAGAGCACAAAGCUUCCCCAAAUACUACAACAAAUCAAGGACAAACUGCCCUCUCCAUAGCACAAAGACUUGGUUAUAUCUCUGUUGUUGAAACUUUGAAAAUAGUCACAGAAACAAUAGUCACUACAACUACGACUACGGUUACAGAGGAGAAAUAUAAAGUAGUUGCACCUGAAACUAUGCAAGAAACAUUUAUGAGCGAUUCUGAAGACGAAGGAGGUGAUGAUAUAGAAGACACCUCACUGUAUGGGAAACCUGCCCAUGCCACCCACGUGUAUCUGCCUUAUAUCGAGGGUCAAAAGUUACUGAUGACUGAAGAUACAAUGAUGGGUGAUCAGUCUUUGCAUUAUAUGACUACGGAUGAAUUGAAAGCAUUGGCAGAUGAUAAUACUUUAGGGAUUGAUGUAACUCGAGAUGAAAGAGGAACAGACUCCAUGCUUACAGCUCCAUUGACUGCUGAAGAAGAUCACUUAACUCCUCAACAUGUUAUUCACCAAGAAGCAACGUUUAGUAGUACUAUGGCUCCUGACAAUGUUGAUCUUGCUAGAGCCCCUGUACAUGCUGGCAAGCUGAAGUGGAAGACCUUUUUAGUUAGCUUUAUGGUAGAUGCCAGAGGAGGUGCAAUGCGGGGAUGUCGUCAUUCUGGAGUCAGAGUUAUCAUCCCACCCCGUAAGGCUCCUAUGCCGAUGAGAAUCACCUGUCGAUACUUGCGGAAGGAAAAAUUGGCCUAUCCUCCUCCAUUGAUGGAGGGUGAGGCCUGUGCGUCCCGAAUUUUAGAAGUUGGACCUUCAGGAGCAAAAUUUUUAGGGCCAGUAAUAAUUGAAGUACCUCAUUUUGCUUCACUUCGAGGACGGGAAAGAGAAAUUACCAUUUUGAGAAGUGAUAAUGGAGAAUCCUGGCGCGAGCAUACUCUUGAAGCAUCUGAUGAUGCGGUUCAUGAUGUUUUCAAUGAAAGCUUUGAAGGAGAAGAGCUUAGUGCUAUCGAGGACUUGAGUACGAGCCGCAUCACCCGAAUCUUGACCACCGAUUUCCCACAAUAUUUCGCUAUUGUUACCCGUGUAAGACAAGAAGUGCAUGCUAUUGGUCCAGAAGGGGGUAUGGUCAGCUCAACUGUUGUACCCCAAGUUCAGGCCAUUUUCCCCGAAGGUGCACUAACAAAGAAAAUCAAGGUUGGACUUCAGGCUCAACCAAUAACACCAGAGCUUGUAACAAAACUGCUGGGGAAUCGUGUGGCUGUUAGUCCUAUAGUUACAGUUGAGCCCAGAAGAAGGAAGUUUCACAAACCAAUCACAUUAACUAUUCCUGUUCCGCAAGCUGCAACUAAAGGCAUGAUAAAUCAAUACAGUGGUGAUGCUCCUACCUUGAGGCUACUAUGCAGUAUAACAGGUGGGACCACAAAAGCUCAAUGGGAAGAUGUAACUGGGUCUACACCUCUGACAUUUGUAAAUGAUUGCGUAUCUUUUACAACAACAGUGUCUGCAAGGUUUUGGCUAAUGGAUUGUCGACAAGUAAACGAAGCAACUAAGUUUGCUACCGAACUUUACCGUGAAGCUAUUCAUGUUCCCUUUAUGGCAAAGUUCGUGGUGUUUGCCAAAAGACAUGAUCCUUUAGAAGCCCAGUUAAGAGUCUUCUGUAUGACAGAUGACAAAGAGGACAAGACAUUGGAAUCUCAAGAACAUUUUACAGAAGUUGCCAAAAGUAGAGAUGUUGAGGUCUUAGAAGGAAAGCCUCAAUAUCUUGAAUUUGGUGGCAACCUUGUCCCUGUCACAAAGUCUGGAGAGCAGCUCAGUCUCACAUUCCAAGCCUUCAGAGAAAACAGGUUGCCUUUUACGAUUAGGGUAAAAGAUCCUCACCAAGAGCCCAUCGGCCGUGUAGCAUUCAUGAAAGAGCCAAGAGUAGGUCGCGGUGAGCCUCCACAAUCCCCUAUAUGUAAUCUCAAUAUUGUUUUACCAGAAACUGAUCUUACGCCAAUGUCAGAACUGAUUACAUUAGAAAAGAAGUACGGUUUUGUCAAAGAAACAGGUCUUGCGAAACCUGAGCUUAUUCACAGAGCAGACUUAAGACUUUCAGACAUAGCCAAAGAGUUGAAAGAUGACUGGGUACUUCUUGCUUUACAACUAGAUGUUCCUGAAUCAGACAUUAAUACAAUUAGAUCUGAAAACCCUGGUGAUACAGUUCAACAAGCUCUUUUAAUGUUAAGACAUUGGCUACAAAGGUCGGGAAGCAAAGCAACAGGUAACUUGCUUGAGAAAGGUUUAAGGAAGAUCAACAGGGAAGAUAUUGUAAAUCACUGUAUGUUCAAUGUUGAACUUGUAACAGAUGAUGUUGAAAAAGCUGUUGCAAAAGUUCACUUAGAUCAAUCAGGGUUUGAUACAUUCAAAGAAGAAUUGGGCUCAUCCCGAGAUGCUUCAUUGAGAAGAGAUACGUCUCUUAACGGAACAUAUGACGAACAAGAUAUUAUGAAGGAUGCUGAAUCAGCAGCUGAAACAAGCAGUGAAAGUUCAGACAAGGAUCACUAUAAAUCUGAGUCAAGGCACAUAGUAGAAUCAAGAUCAACAGCAGAAUCAGCAGCAGCAAAAAAAGCUUUUGAAGAAGCUCCUGAAACUCUAGUACAAACUGUACCAACAGCAUUGGCUGAAUCUUUCACUCAGCAGGUGACAAAUGGCCAACUCGAUGGCAGCAUGCACGAAGAAGACAGAUCAGAACCUACUGCUGCUACUUUGUCUAGUGAAGCUACUGCUGAAUUAGAAGUAUCAUCACUUGAAGAUAAAUCUCAUGGAGAAGCCCAUGUUGAAAGGCGAGACAAGUACCCCAGAUUUGGACACACUCAGUAUCGUUCUGGAACCUCCUUAUCUUCAAAUAAGAUGCCUGCUAAAGAAUCUCCAAAAAAGAUGUUCCAGCAACUUAUGAGGAAACCUCGAGCUGAAAUAGAGAAAAGAAAGGUUUCCUUUGAGAUUCGUUACAGAACCAUGACACCUCCAGCAACUGCAAGGAAAAGAAAAGUAAUAACAAGACGGAAAUCAUGGCCAGCAGAUUCCCCACUUAAGCUUAAUAAAAGGAAAAAGUAUCAACAGCGCUUAAAAAUAGAAGAUUUACGAGAGCCAUUUUGGACAGAUACCUAUGAAUGGUUAAUUAUGAAAACUUGUCCAGAAGCAGUUAGACAGGCACCAAUAGCAACUUUACUUGAAUUUAAGCAAAUGGAUGCUGUAACUGAUUUAGGCAGAUAUGUGUACAUUAAUUCUAAUAUGGAGAAAUUAAAGCAUUCAUCCAGUCAAUUAAUACCAAAUAAGAAACCUUGUUUGUCUAAUUCAAAGUUUCCUGAAACUGUGCAUUUCUAUUUCUUGGAAUUUUUAAAUAAAAAACCAAAAUGUGAAGCCGACAAAAAGUAUAUUCAAAACUUAAGAAAGCAUUGCAUGCUUGAAGAAUUGAAAUCUCAUACUAUUCCAUCAAUCAAGCCAACAAAUUUUGAUGCUAACAGUGUUGAAAAUGUAUCAAGUGUUGCAAUUGACUGUUCAAAAUCCGCGACUUUUAAUCGUGUUUCAAACAUGAGCAGUAUUGCUAUUAGAGAAAUUGACAUUGAAUGUUUUCCACAAAAUGACUUCUCUCAAAACAUACAAGAGCCAAAAAGGAGGUUACCUCCUCAGCAUGAUGUGUACAGGCCUUUACAGAAUGUCUCAACUAGGUCUCUAAGACCUCUGCAGUCAUCAAAUGUUGAUGUUUCUGCUGAUGUUUUAACUUGUAGCCCAACUGCUGAUAUUAACAGUCACUUUUUUAUGAAACAAAAAAUUAUCAAAGAUGAUUUAUGCAACAAGGAGAAUGUUCAUCAAAGCAAUAAUCCAAAAACUGAAAACAUUUUUCAAAAUCAUGGCAAAAUGAGAAGGGACAAUAUUGAAAAUAUUUCGCAUCCCAUAAAAAGCCAAAAACAAGUUCAUUUAAAGAGCUCUGUGGAGUCUAAAAUAAAUCUUUUGGAUAGAUAUCCAACAAAUAAGCCACCCAAUUCUAAAGUAAUUGUAAAACCAGUACCUUUCAAAGAAGGCAUUUAUAGUUGCCCCAGAGAUGUACCAGACAAUAAUCAACAAACCUUCAGCAAAAAAUGUCCUGAAAUUUCACAAACAUCUCAAGAUACAGGCAAAACGAGUGUGUCAUACUCUUCUGUUUCGGAGGUCCAACCAAGUGCAGUUAGCCAAGGUAGUUCUCAAGAAGGUUUCGGAUCUAAAGGAGGUCCAAGCAACAAGCCAUAUUUGAAACAACUUUUUGAGCAAGAUAUUCAAUCGAAUUUUGCAAAAAGUCAACAAGCUCUUAAGGAUCGUGAAAAAGAAGACAUGAGCGAAAGCGAUAAGGAUGAAAGUAAAGAAGUGAUAGAGGUUUCUUCUGAAGUCAAAUCCUCUUCUGACAUUUUAAUUUCAAAAGAUAUUAGUCAAAAUAUCACCAAAAAUGUACCCUCAGACUCCAAUUCUGCAGAAAAAGGUUCAAAAACUAUACCCGCUACUGUACUUGGUCAGAGCUUUCUUAAAUCAUUGCAAGAACGUGUUCAAGCUGAGGGAAUCACCGAGGGAAGUUCUUUUCCUGCAUCUGUUAUAGGUCAUGCAUUUCUUAAUGUUUUACAGGAACAACAAAAUUCUCUAGCCGAAAAGUCUUGUGAUUCGAAACCAAUUCCAUCAUCUGUAGUAGGUCAAACAUUUCUAAAAUGUUUAAUAUUUGAAGAAUCCUCAUCAGAUAGUAAAGAAAAACUUAUUCCUGCUCCUGUUAUUGGUCAGACAUUCCUUAAAACAUUAACUGAGCAAAUUUCUCCAAAACCCCCAUCCCCUCCAAUCAUUCCAGCUUCUGUAAUUGGUCAAUCAUUUCUCAAAACUAUAAUUGAAAAAACUGACGAAGUACCUGUGAAAGAGCAGUUGAUUUUUGCAUCUCCUGAUCAAAAGGUAGAAAAUGCAGAACAACCUCUCUUAAGAGAUGUAACAGAAAAACCUAUUCCUGCCUCUGUCAUUGGCCAGUCAUUUUUGAAAACAUUAACAGAACAUUCUGCAGAAAAUGUGGAAAAGCAACCUAUUCCUGCUGCAGUUAUUGGUCAGGCUUUCUUAAAGGAUUUAUUAAGUGAUCAGAAUUCUACUGAAUCUAAUAUUAGUGCUCAAGAAUCUGAUAUGGAACAAUUUGCUAAACGAAAAGCUGAUGAAACUGAGAGCAUUUCUGAAUGUUCAUCUUCUAAAUCUAUUCCUGCAUCUGUGGUUGGGCAGACGUUUCUUAAAACUCUUACUGAACAGUUAAAUAUUGAACAUUCUAACUCUAAAUCAGAAGUUGCAAAACCUAUUCCAGCUCCAGUUAUUGGUCAAACAUUCCUUAAAUCUUUGCUUGCUGAUCAACAAACAACUCCAGAUAGCAACACCAAACAAGCUAUCCCAGCAUCUGUUGUAAGUCAAACUUUUCUAAAAUCUUUAACUGAUCAUCAAACAUCUGAAAAUGAUUCUGAAUCAAGCUCUAAAACCAUUCCUGCACCGGUUGUUGGACAAGCUUUUUUAAAAACCUUGCUGGAAUGUCAGGAGGCAUAUAAAACUGAAUCCAAAAAGCCAAUACCAUCUUCAGUUGUUGGACAGACCUUUUUGAAAUCUUUGACUGAUACAGCAAAACAUGAAAAUGAUCAAAGUAUUUCGGAAUCGAGUGGUCAGGCAGAAUUUUCUGAUAAAGAUCAUCCAAUUCCAGCAACUGUUAUUGGACAAUCUUUUAUAAAAGCACUAAUGCAGGAACAAGAAACUCUUUCGGCUGGCGGUGAAAGUAGAGUAAUGCCAGCUUCAGUUAUUGGUCAAGUUUUUCUAAAAACUUUGGAGACUGAAAGUAAAGGUAAGGAAGAAUCUCCAGAGGCAUCAUCCAAGUUAACCAUUGGUCAUUUAUCAGAAGAAACUGAAACAAAAGAAAAAAUAGAGGAUAAACCUCUACCAGCAUGUGUAAUUGGUCAGGCAUUCUUGAAAAGUCUUGUGCAAGAAAAAGAACAGAGUACACUUGAAGAAACAAAAGAGGCACCGAUUCCAUCUUCAGUUGUUAGUCAAGUUUUUUUGAAAAACUUAGUUGAAAAUUCUGCUCCGUCAACCGGUGUUAAGUCGGAGGCAGUACCAUCUACAAUUGUAGCACAGUCUUUUCUAAAAACGUUAUUAGAAGAAAGUCCUCAAACUUUUCCUUCUCAAACCAUGCCUGAAAAUUCUCAGAAAGCUUGUAAGCAUUCUGAAGCAGUAAUACCAUCCUCUGUUGUUGGUUUAUCUUUCUUAAAAACACUGACUGAACAGUCUAAAAUAGACUCAACCUCAAGCGAAAAUGUUCAAUCUUUUGAAGAUGUUCCCUCUGAAAACCCUAUACCUGCUAGUGUUAUAGGUCAAGCAUUUCUUAAAACACUCAUGAAUGUAUCAACUGAAAUGAAUUCUUCUGCUGUAUCACGAGAAAAUAGGUUGCACCAUGAACAAGUUCUUACUUCUGAAGGAAACGGAUGUUCAAGUUGUUCACAAGCAGAAGAUUUAAAAUGUCACACUGAGUCUGGUGUUUUUGAUUCUGAAAUUCAUAAGAAAUUGUCCUCAAAUAAUUCAUUUGAUAUAAGUGAAGAUCAAUCGAUUAUUCCUCCUCCACCUGAAUUUAGUUCUGUUGGAGAUCUUGCUGCUGCUUCGUCUGUAAGCCAACCUACAGAAACUCCUAGAACCGAUUUAAAUCCUGAAAUCAUUGGAGAACUUUUAUCGUACACAAAAAUGAUGCAUUCUGUGCUGGAAAGUAUGAAAGAGGAAAGUACUUCACAAUCCAACAUAACUAAAACUGAAAGUUCUAGUCAGAUUGAAAAUAGAAAUAUACCAAAGCAGAAAUAAACAGCCUAUUCUUGGAAUUAUAAUUGUUGAAUUAUUUUAAUAUAAUUGUAAAAUCUCCCUUUAUUAGAUCAAGAUCUUGUACAAUAAAAAUUUUACUUUUUCA